GCGGCCUCCCUGAAGACAAUGUCCGCCCCUUUGCCAUGCCCCCCAAGCCUCAAAGAGUGCUGGCCGGGGCGGGGCCUAAGGCGGAGAGGCGUGGCGACGCGGCCAGGCGCGGGUAAAGGGCCUGCCUAGGAGCCGCGGGAGCCUCCAGGAGAAGCGCGCUGCUUCGCUCUUGGCUAUUACUCCUCCUCCCUCCGCAGCCCUCCACAAUCACCCCGGAGACCGGCCGUGUUAAGCUCUCCAAACUAAAGCUGACUGAUUUCCAUGGCAGCCGCGAAGAAAGCAGUUCUGGGGCCAUUGGUGGGAGCAGUGGACCAGGGUACCAGCUCGACACGGUUUUUGGUUUUCAAUUCAAAGACAGCUGAACUUCUUAGUCAUCAUCAAGUAGAAAUAAAACAGGAAUUCCCAAGAGAAGGAUGGGUAGAACAAGACCCGAAGGAAAUCCUGCAGUCUGUUUAUGAAUGUAUAGAGAAAACGUGUGAAAAACUUGGACAGCUCAAUAUUGAUGUUUCCAACAUUAAAGCCAUUGGUGUCAGCAACCAGAGGGAAACCACAGUAGUCUGGGACAAGCUAACUGGAGAGCCUCUCUACAAUGCCGUGGCUGCUCCAGUUUCUCCUGGCUCUUCAGUUCCAGUUGCCGUUGUGCCCUCUGGCUCUUCAGUUCCAGCUGCUGGUACUUCCUCAGUGUGGCUUGACCUAAGAACACAACCUACUGUUGAGAGCCUUAGUAAAAGAAUUCCAGAAAAUAAUAACUUUGUCAAGUCCAAGACAGGCCUUCCACUUAGCACUUACUUCAGUGCAGUGAAACUUCGUUGGCUGCUUGACAACGUGAAAAAGGUUCAAAAGGCUGUUGAAGAAAAUAGAGCUCUUUUUGGGACCAUUGAUUCAUGGCUCAUUUGGAGUUUGACAGGUGGAAUCAAUGGGGGUGUCCACUGUACAGAUGUAACAAAUGCAAGUAGGACGAUGCUUUUUAACAUUCAUUCUUUGGAAUGGGAUAAAGAGCUCUGCGAAUUUUUUGGAAUUCCAAUGGAAAUUCUUCCCAGUGUCCGGAGUUCUUCUGAGAUCUAUGGCCUAAUGAAAAUCUCUCAUAGCUUGAAAGCUGGGGCCUUGGAAGGUGUGCCAAUAUCUGGGUGUUUGGGGGACCAGUCUGCUGCUUUGGUGGGACAAAUGUGCUUUCAGGAUGGACAGGCCAAAAACACGUAUGGAACAGGGUGUUUCUUACUGUGUAACACAGGCCAUAAGUGUGUAUUUUCUGAACAUGGCCUUUUGACCACUGUGGCUUAUAAACUUGGCAGAGACAAACCUGUGUAUUAUGCAUUGGAAGGUUCUGUAGCUAUAGCUGGUGCUGUAAUCCGCUGGCUAAGAGACAACCUUGGAAUUAUCCAGUCCUCUGAGGAAAUUGAAAAACUUGCUAAAGAAGUAGGUACUUCUUAUGGCUGCUACUUUGUUCCAGCAUUUUCAGGGUUAUAUGCACCUUAUUGGGAGCCCAGCGCAAGAGGGAUCAUCUGUGGACUUACUCAGUUCACCAAUAAAUGUCAUAUCGCUUUUGCUGCAUUAGAAGCUGUUUGUUUCCAAACUCGAGAGAUUUUGGAUGCCAUGAACCGCGACUGUGGAAUCCCCCUCAGUCAUUUGCAGGUAGAUGGAGGAAUGACAAGCAAUAAAAUUCUUAUGCAGCUCCAAGCAGACAUUCUGUAUAUUCCAGUAGUGAAACCCUCCAUGCCUGAAACAACUGCUCUAGGAGCUGCCAUGGCAGCUGGGGCAGCAGAGGGGGUUGGUGUUUGGAGUCUCGAACCUGAGGAUUUGUCAGCUGUCACAAUGGAACGGUUUGAACCUCAGAUCAACGCUGAAGAAAGUGAAAUCCGUUACUCCACAUGGAAGAAAGCUGUGAUGAAGUCAAUUGGUUGGGUUACAACUCAGUCUCCAGAUAGUGGUGACCCUAGUAUCUUCUGUAGUCUGCCUUUGGGCUUUUUUAUAGUGAGUAGCAUGGUAAUGUUAAUCGGUGCAAGGUACAUCUCAGGUAUCCCAUAAAUAUCACUUCAUGGAUUCCCAAGAUGCAAACUUUUAAGGAAAUCUGACAAUUCUGUCUCAUAAUGUAAUGAUGCUAAUCAUAGACUCUGAUUUUUUCAUAAGCCACUUGCUGCAUGAUCCUCCAAGUAGACCUAUGCCUUGAAAUAAAGAAAAUGCAGCAGAAAGAAUGUUCCAGAAACAUUUAGUGUAGUUGUUUAACAUUGACAGUUAAGGUUGGGCCAGUUACCUUUGGGGUCUGACCCCUCCACUAUUAUGAUGUCCUACACUAUUCCUUCUAAGGUCAAGGAUGAAUUUGUAUCCUGUCUAUUGAAGUAUGCCGUCCAGUAUUUCCAGAUGCUAAUGGACCUGGAUUUGAUCCUCUGCACGACAAAUGUCUGAGGAAGGAGUUGUUACUAACUUCUUCAAAAUGAGUGGCCUUUUGCUUGUGUGCUUAAAACAGAUCAGAUGUCUACUUUUCUACAUUUUGGAAGACCACAACAUCACUGACUAUUUCAAUGGACACAUCUGAGGAAUUAAUAGAUAGUGAUUUGCUUUUCUCAUAACUUGGACUUUCUGAACAGUGUUUGCCAAAACUGAAAAAUUUCAGGUAUUUUACACUGUCUCACUAAUUAUCAUGGCUUUCUGUCUGUACCUUAAUAGAAUAAUUUUUCCUUUUUUUUUCAUUUCUCCUUUUUAUAUUUUUUAUUCUGUAUGUAUAACAUACAUGCCUAUAUAUUUUAUAUACUGACAGUAGCCCAUUUAUAAAUUAAGAGCACAUUAUAUUCAGUAAAUUAUAACAGGGCUGGCCUUAAGUGGACUACUAUGUAUAUAAAUUUGGGGGGCAAUCUGUAUACAUUUUUGGGCAACGGUUAUGCAUAUUAUUUACCAAAAGAAACUUUUCUUAUACAGUCCAACAUUCGAAAUUUAGGUAUAUAUUCACUAUCAAUCAAAUAAAAUAUACUAUAUUGUGAUUUCAACGGUAUUUCUUAUGCUCUGCCAUUUAAUUAUCUCAGCUGGAAGAAAAUCAACUGUGGCAUGUAACAGUAAAUACUGUUCUCAAACAUGAGUACUAGCCCAAAUAAAAAUUUUUCUUUGAAUUGAUGUUUCCAUAUUUGAGAUCCUAUUGAAGAAUUAUCAUAAAUGCAAAAGCUAAGUAGAAAAAUGUGUUAAUAAAGCCAAUAAUCUCUUUCAAAUGUUAUUACAUGUUAAUAAGAUAUUCUUAUUUUUCUGAUAUGGUAGAAAAUUAUCCCUACUUAAUGUUAUAACUGGCAAAAAAAAUGUUAUUGCAAAUGCCUCACAGUGAAACUAAUAAUUUCUCAACUAUUUAGAAUUAUUUGUUAUAACUCAUUAACCUAGCUUCCUGACAUCAGUUUUUAAAAAUAUAUUUGUUUUGUAGUAAAGAAAUAAGAGAAUAAUACUUCCUAAUUGUUUGUCUUAUUAUAUCAGAAUGGAAAAUAUUGAUAUAUUAAUAGAAAAACUUUCAUUUGGAAUUAAUGGUAGAUUAUAUUUCCUGUUCUGAUUGUGCUGUUCCUAAUUAUUGAAUGCUGGUUUUUACUGAUCUGGCUGCUACUUAAGUGGCAUAAAUAUAGAAGGUACUGUGAAAUUAUUAUGGCAGUGGUAAUUUUAAAGUUAGUUAUAUUUCUACAAAGGCAGGUUAAGUUCAUUGUAAAUAACUGUGUAAAUCACUGUUCCAGUAAUUUUAAGAUAACAUUAAUUUUUCUACAAACUACAAGAUUUAUAAAUGUUUGAAAUUGCACCCAUCGAUAAUUAAUGGUGAAUUUAUUUAAAAUAAGUUGACACCUUAUUUCGUAUUUGCAUUUCUCAUUUACAGAUGAAAGUUCAGUUAACAGAUGUUUCAGCAGACACAAAUGCCACCUUUUAGCGCUUGUUUACAUGCACUGAGGAGCUAAGUAACAGCAGAAGUAGUUUCUGGAAUGAUAAACACCUUAAUCACUCUGUUAGAACAGACUAAACAGUUUCUACCUCAGCAUUUCCAGAAAAUACAUUGUAAAGGCCAAUGGCCAUUAUCAGUAAAAUAUCACCUGGCCGAGCCCUAUUAUAUAUCUGUAGGCUUCAUACCUUAUCUCAGCUUCUGUCUGCUUGGUUUAGCCAGUGAGGUCUGGACACCAUUGUACGUUCAUCCUGAUGUCAAUAUCUUAAUAUUUUGUUUUCCCACUGAUCGAUAAAAUAAAUCAUGCAUUAAUGCUUC